CUAUUCCAGCCUCUCCUCACUCUUCCCCCGAUUCCAAUUGCGCCUAAACAUAUAUUCGCCCCGUCCUUGAGUUGGCUUGACCUUCGCCUUGUGUCUAUCUUGCUCAGAUAUUUAUCUUCUUAAUAUUCUCUUUGUCAGCGCUCUCCCUCCUGUAGACAGGAAGACUCUCCCGCCGCUCUGUUCCGCCGUUCCUUGGUACCUACACCACUCCUUAUCCGCGCAACCCCCUUCUCCCGCUCGAACGACUUCGACGCUGCGUAUUCGCUAUGUCUAUCAUUCUCGAUCCCCCGGAGCUGGGCUUUCAGCGUCCCUUUAACCGUGAGGUGUGUCAGAUGUUGCACCUGAAGAACGAGAGUGCGGAGCCCGUCGUCUUCAAGGUCAAAACCACCGCCCCUAAGCACUACUGCGUUCGUCCCAACUCGGGUCGGAUAGAUCCUGGCAAACAUGUCGAUGUUCAAGUUCUGUUGCAGGCCAUGAAGGAGGAGCCUGCGCUCGAUGCCAAGUGCAAGGACAAGUUUCUCGUUCAGACAGUCGCGGUUACUCGUGAUAUGGAGUUCGCCAAUGUUACCUCGAUUUUUGAGAAAGCCCCCAAGACAGCACUCCAGGAGCGCAAAAUUCGUGUGAACUGGCUGGCCGCCGAGGAUGCCCCAGUUGAGGAACAAGGAGUCGAGGCGACUGGCAAUGUGCCGGAUGAAGAGCCUCCUGCCUAUACUUCGCCGCCGAACCCCAACUAUCAGACUCCUGCUGCUGCGCUUACGAAGAGCGCGAACGACACGUCACCCAUCCCGCCGCCAGAUUUCAGCGACAAGCCCAAGCGGGAAGUCUCCACCCCGCAGAUCAUCGAAAGCUCGGCCACGUCUUCAAAGUCACCCGUAGCAAGUGCGAGUGACGACUUGAGAGCCCAAUUGUCCGAGGCCAAUUCGCAAAUCUCAGCGCUGAAGGAGAAGCUGGCAGACCAGGGUUUGAGACAGCGAAAGAUCGGAACCGACGCGGAGAAGAUGCCCGCGCCAUUGGCGCAACAGCAGCCACAGUCCGUGGAGGCUGGUGUUCCCGUGCAGAUCGUGGCGGGUCUAUGCCUGCUAAGCUUCUUGAUCGCCUACUUCUUCUUCUGACCGUCUUGAACCUUCUCUCUCCUCUGUGUCCACUCUUUUUGAAUUUCCUUUCCUGUGACCCCCUUUUCCCAUCAUGUUUCUUUACAGACCAACUGUAUUCCCUUCUGCCAAUUCCCUUGCUUUACUACGUUCAUAACAACAGCAGUGCUACGGUGCUAUUAUUUAUUCUUUGUGACAGCCCGUUUAUUCUUCUUCAUGGUCGUUCUGAGUCGGCCCGGUCUUCCCAUGCCGUUUUCUUCUACUUGAGCAAGCACACUUGUUUCUUUUCAUUGUCUUGUUACUUCUUCAUAUUUGAUGAUAUGAUGUAAAUGGAGGCAGAGUUCUUGUUUCAGCCAAACAUGA